GCUGCUCUGCGGUAAGGCUCUACAGCUUCCAUUGCAUCGACUCACUUCGCAAGCGAAUUAGUCUGGACUCUUGUGAGAUGUCACGGGUGUCCGUGGGCUCCGCGGCCCACUGCUCAGCCCUUCGCGUACAGUUCUAGGCGGAACAAGCAGGCCGACACCUCCCUUGGAAACUUAGGCCAUGGGUCAGGAUGAGCAGACGGGCUCUGGGGAAGCCGUGGGCAAGUGCGCCACCUAGUGGUCACCAUGCGGGAAGGCUCUUCCUCCAGAUUAAAGUUUCAUACUUCUGUUAAAAGUGAACAGUCUAUUAAUUGAUUAAUCAGCGUUGUGCUAAUGAGACCAUCUGUUGUGUUGUCCGCAUGUGAAACUUUACAAUAACAUUUCGACGGAGCAAAGAAUGAAGCCUGCCGCCGGCGGCGCUGCGGAGUCUCCAUCACCGUCCGCACAGUUCCACGCAGACAAUAGUUCAGGGAGGAGGCGACAGCACCGGCCUCCCUCGUCGGCCGGAGCCCAGCAAGGGGCAACCAAGCGAGCCCGCAGACGCCCAGGCAGGUCCGGGUCCCCUCCUCCCGCAGGAAGGCGCAGAAGCACCGCGGGCGAGGGAAGCGCGAGCUCCGCUGACGGAAGGGAGAGGGAGCCCGAGAGCCGCGGCGCAGCAGCUGUUCGCGCGGAUGGUGCUGAGGCUGAUGUAGCUGGAGCCAACAGGGCGGAUGCUGUCAGCGCAGAUCGGGCCGAUUCGUCUCUCCCGGGCCGCCGCUCCGCUUUGCGCCUACCCUUCCUCGAGGGAGACCCGGCUCCGCGUGCGUCGCCCCACAGGGCCGCGUCCGUGAAAGCGAGCGACAGGAGACCCGGAGGGGAGGAGGCCGGCGCCGGGGAGAGGAGCGGGAGGAGCGUGGGCCGCGGAGCGGGCCUCGGCUUGGGUUUGUGGCGGGGAGGAUGCUUGCAGGCUGAGCUGAUCCACUUCCAUCUGCAGAAGAGGCUGAAGAGAGGCGGGGGCGGGAUGCAGACCAAGGCGGACGACAGGGGCGCGGAGGAGGCCGCGCACGGGGAGCCGGAGCCGGCCGCGGAGGCGACGGAGGCGGUGUCCGUGACACAGCAGGACCAGGCCCUGGAGGAGGAGGUGGAGAGACUGCUGGAUGAAAAUGAUGAUCUUAAGUGUGAGAUCGAAGAGAUGAGGGCCGAGAUGGACGAGAUGCGGGACACCUUCUACGAGGAGGACACGUGCCAGCUGCAGGAGAUGCGGCGCGAGCUGGAGCGGGCCAAUAAGAACUGCCGGAUCCUGCAGUACCGCCUGAGGAAGGCUGAGAGGAAGAGGCUGCGCUACGCCCAGACGGGAGAGAUCGAUGAAGAGCUGCUCCGGAGUCUGGAGCAGGACCUGAAGGUCGCGAAGGACGUGUCCGUGAGGCUGCACCACGAGCUGGAGAAGGUGGAGGAGAAGCGGACGAGGACGGAGGAGGAGAACGAGAAGCUGAGGCAGAAGCUCAUAGAGGUGGAAGUGACCAAACAAGCUCUGCAGAAUGAACUGGACAAAACCAAAGAAAAGAAGAGAGGCAGCAAAGACGUCCAGAAGGCGGACAAGAAACCAGCACAGACUCCAACUGAGGAGGACAACGAGGACCUCAAGUGCCAGCUGGCGUUCAUCAAGGAGGAAAACACGCUCAUGAAGAAGAAGACGGCCAAGAUCGACAAGGAGAAGGACCUUCUGGAGCAGGAGCUGCAGAAGUACCGCUCCUUCUACGGGGAGCUGGACAGCACCCACCCCAAGGGGGAGGCCGGGGGGCCGCCCACCACCCGCGAGUCCGAACUCAAGCUGCGGCUCCGCCUGGUGGAGGAGGAGGCCAACAUCCUGGGGAGGAAAAUUGUGGAGUUGGAGGUCGAGAACCGGGGCCUGAGGGCCGAGCUGGACGACCUCCGCGGCGACGGCGAGGGAGCCGCGGAGGUCGCGGGCGGCGACGCCACGGAGCUGCGGCAGCAGCUGCAGCUGGUGGAGGACGAGGCGGAGCUGCUGAGGAGGAACCUGGCCGACGCCGAGGACCAGAACAAGCGGGUGACGGCCGAGCUCAACAAGCUGCGCUUCAAGGCCGGCACGCACGAGGGCGGCGGGCGGCACGGGGGCGGGGCCCCGGGGGGCGGGGCCCCGGGGGGCGGGGACGGAGCCAAGACGGACGCGCUGCAGGAGGAGCUGAAGGCAGCGCGGCUGCAGAUUAACGAUCUCAGUGGAAAGGUCAUGCAGCUCCAGUACGAGAACCGCGUGCUGCUCUCCAACAUGCAGCGCUACGACCUGGCCUCCCACCUGUCCCUGCGGCCCAGCCCGCGGGACAGCGACGCCGACAGCGACGCGGGCGGCGCCGCCGGCGGCCGGCGCGAGAGCGACGAGGACUCCGCCUCCUCGCGCCUGCUGCCGCCGCACCGCAAGCGCGAGGGCCCCGUGGGCGGCGAGAGCGACCCGGACGAGGUCCGCAGCACCAACGGCGGCGGCAGCAGCCGCUGCCUGACGCCCACGCGGGGCCUGUACAGCCCCGCGGGGCCCGAGGGCGCCGCCGCCGCCGCCCUGGCCCGCUUCCUGCCCGGCGGCCGCUGCGGCCCGCACGAGCGGCAGCAGAUGAUCGACAUCCGCGUGGAGGCGGAGCGGCUCGUCCGCACCAUCGACCGGCUCAUCGCCGACACGGCCGCCAUCAUCACGGAGGCCCGGGUGUACGUCUCCAACGGCGACCUGGCGUUCGGGCGAGGCGGCGAGGAGGGCGGCGAGGACAACGGGAGCAGGAUCAGGGAGCACGAGCUGCUGUACCGCAUCAACGCACAGAUGAAGGCCUUUCGCAAGGAGCUGCAGGGCUUCAUAGACCGACUGGAGGUGCCGCGGCUGGACGACCGGGAGGCCGAGGAGCCGCUGUCGAUGUUCCAGCCCAUCAUUUUGCUCAUCCUCAUCCUCGUUUUAUUUUCAUCCCUCUCUUACGCCACCAUCUUCAAACUGGUCUUUCUUUUUACCCUUUUCUUCGUUCUGUGACUCCUCCCUUGAUUUACACCAUUUCUCAUUUGUCUUUGUUGUCCUUUUUUUUUGGAUGUUGAUUCUUUCUUCAUUUCCUAAAUCAUUUUGUUGCCAAGGUAACCGAAAGUACAGGCAAAGCUCAACACCACUCACAUACAAGAACACGUGGCUGGAUUUAAUAAGACAUCCCCGUCCCAUCAGUCAACUGCUGCUAAAUCCUUUUCCUCAAGAGUAUUUCCACAUACGUUCUUUCAUCCCACAUUCCCAACCUUACCGUGACCUCCGAGGGACACGUGAAACGACAGGAAGAGGAAAUUACCCUUUAAAAGAGCCCCCGGGCGUGGACUGGCCUGCAUCAUGGCAGCC